AUGGCCCACCUGCUGCGCAGAUAUGUUGCCCCCGCGGAAACCGCUCGUCAUGUCGCGACAAUCCUGGGGUUUCCCUCUAAGAUUUCAAUUGCUGCUCACUACUACGAAGACGCUUGCAAAGAUAUCGCCAGUUUAGCCUCUGCAAUCUCUGCCUUUGAGCCAGUGCGUCUGUACACACGUCCAGAAGACAUUCCAAAGGCCCGAGCUCUGGUUAGCAAAAGUAUUGCCAAUUUUAACGGCACGGAUUCGAACAUCAGCAUCAUUCCGUUCAGCACGAAUCAUUUGUGGGUCCGCGACACCGGUCCCGUCUAUGUCCAUGGCACUGGAGCUUAUGCUAAAGACCGCUUUGCCGUCAACUUCCGAUUUAGUGAAUGGGGCAAGAAGGAUGAUAUCAGCGAUCAUUACCGAGCUACGGAUGGCCUGGACUGGCCCAUUAUGGGAUUGGAGCAAAUCAAGGAGAACGCAGCUUUUGCUCAGCAAGUCAUCGCCAGCGAUGUUUCUCCAACUACAGUAGUCGAGGUUGAGUCCAAGGUUUGCCUGGAGGGAGGCGCAUUAGUUCUGGACGGCGAUGGCACGCUCCUCGCGACAGAGAGCAGCAUCCUGAACGAGAACCGCAACCCAGGUCUCUCUCGAGCUGAUAUCGAAGAGGAGCUGCAGCGUCUGCUGGGCGUUGAGAAGAUCAUCUGGUUUCCCGGGCGGAGGGAUCUAGAUGUCACCGAUGUCCACGCAGAUGCUGAGCUUAACUUUAUUCGGCCAGGUGUGGUGGUCCUCUCCAAGCCGCACCCCAGUGUACCCAAGCCUUGGCAGGAUGUGCACGAUGAGAUCCGAGAUAUUUUGGAUCGGGCAGUCGACGCAAGGGGGCGUCGCUUUGAGGUCCAUAUCGUCGAGGAGCCGGACCCCACUGUCUUUGGACCUUUAUCCUACCCUGAUCCGGCAACAAAUUAUGUCAACUUCUACUUCGUCAAUGGCGGCCUCAUCGUCCCUCAAUUUGGGGACUCGGUUCGGGAUUCAGAGGCUGUUUCUACGUUGCAAAAACUAUGCCCCGAGCAUAAAGUCACACCGGUGCCUGUCCGUGCUCUCCCGUUGGCUGGCGGUGUUAUACACUGCUCGACCCAGCCCGUGGUUGCGGUCAGCGAGCAGUGA